AGUGUGCUGUGAAUGUGAAGCAGGAGAGACCGGCAGUUUGUGUGCAGAAGGGAAAGCGAACAGGUCCAGGGCCCCCGGAUUAGCAGCCCAGGGAAAGGAAAAGAAAGGAAACAUAACUGAAAAACAAAGGGAUAUUUCUCCGUUGGGAUUUCAAGAAGGAAAACCUACCAGGACAACAGUAAAGUUCCCUACACACACAGAAGUGUGUCUCCAGGACUGGUGACACUGUCAGAGUCUUGUUCUUGCUGAGGCUUCCAUACAGUACUUCAACAAUGAAUUUCCUCCGGAGACGUCUGUCAGACAGUAGUUUCGUGGCAAAUUUGCCCAAUGGCUACAUGAUGGACUUGCAGCGUCCCGACAACUCCACGAGCUCCCCAGUUUCUCCUGCCAUGGAGAGAAAGCACCCACAGCCACCGCAGCCCUCGCAGUCUUCCUCUACUGGCACCAGCAUCUUCAGCUCCAUCUCCAGUGCCAUGAAGCAAACCACACAAGCAGCUGCAGGACUGAUUGAUCACUCGACAAGUUCCACACCACCUGUGGCUCAGAAACCUAAGAUCCUCCUGGUUAUUGAUGAUGCACAUACAGAGUGGGCCAAGUAUUUCCAGGGGAAGAAGGUGAAUGGAGAAUUUGAUAUCCGUGUGGAGCAGGCUGAGUUCUCUGAGCUGAACCUGGCUGCUUAUGUCACCGGCGGCUGCAUGGUGGACAUGCAGGUCAUGAGGAAUGGCACCAAGGUGGUAAGGUCCUUCAAGCCUGACUUUGUCUUGAUCAGACAGCACGCCUACAGCAUGGCAUUAGGAGAGGACUUCCGCAGCCUCAUCAUUGGUCUCCAGUACGGUGGCAUCCACGCAGUCAACUCCCUCUACUCUAUCUACAACUUCUGCAGCAAACCAUGGGUGUUUUCUCAGCUCAUUAAAAUCUUCAACUCGCUGGGUCCCGAGAAGUUCCCUCUCGUGGAGCAAACUUUCUUCCCAAGCCAUAAGCAGAUGCUCACGACUCCGAAUUUCCCUGUAGUGGUGAAGCUGGGACAUGCUCACGCUGGAAUGGGGAAGGUCAAAGUUGAGAACCAGUAUGACUUCCGUGACAUAGCCAGCAUCAUAGCCAUGGCAAAGACCUACGCCACCUCUGAGCCAUUCAUCGACUCCAAGUAUGACAUCCGAAUCCAGAAAAUUGGCAACAAUUACAAAGCUUACAUGAGGACGUCUAUCUCUGGAAACUGGAAGGCAAACACAGGUUCUGCAAUGCUGGAACAGAUUGCAAUGACAGAGAGGUACAGACUGUGGGUGGAUGCCUGUGCGGAAAUGUUUGGAGGUCUUGAUAUUUGUGCUGUCAAAGCUGUCCACAGCAAAGAUGGAAAAGACUAUAUCAUUGAGGUAAUGGACAGCUCGAUGCCCCUGAUUGGGGAGCAUGUGGAAGAAGACAGACAGCUGAUAGCCGAUCUGGUUGUUUCUAAAAUGACUCAGCUUGUCAGCACUGCUGGAUCUACCCCAUCACCACUGAGGCCUUGGCCUCCACAAGUUCAGCCUCAGACAGUGAAAACUCAGCCUGGACCUCAGCUUGCACAACUGUCUCAGCCACGGCCUCCUCCCCAAGGUGGACCACGCCAGCCUCAGGCAUCUCAGCCUCCACGGACAAAUGCACCUCCACAGCAACGGCUCUCUCCUCAAGGACAGCAGCCUCAGAGUCCCCUGUCCACCUCACCUCAGCAGCAGAGGUCACCUGGAUCUCCACAACAAGUCCGAUCAGCAACUGGGUCCUCUCCAGUCCAGGCUUCCAAGGCAGGCGUGUUCCCACCACAGCAGCCCAGACCUCCUGCUCAAGGCCGGGCUCCAAGCCAGCCAAGCCCCACCGAAACAUCCAAGCAACAAGCCACCCCACAACCACAUCUGAACAAAUCGCAGUCCCUGACAAACACCUUCAGCAUAUCUGAAUCAUCUCAGAGGGGGAAUGCCAGUGAAGAUGAAGCAAAAGCUGAGACCAUCCGCAACCUGAGGAAAUCAUUUGCUAGCCUGUUUUCCGAUUAACAGCCCUGCAGCUGGAUCUGUGCUUCGGCCAGCCCUCACUCUUCGUAUAGCCAAUGUCAUCUUGGAGUAUACUCAGUGGUACCCAACAAUUUACAGCGAAUACCCGGGUAAAAGGAGCUGAGAAAACUACAGUUGUUUUAAUACGAAGAAGAUAUUCUAAUAACGGCCUGAAAGGUGACUGUAUAAAAGUGGCAUCAUUUCAUUGUUUUUUGUGCAUAAUCAGAAUUACGUCUGUUCAAGUGACUGAGUUGUAAAUCAAAUUUCUUCCAGCUAAUCCCUGUGGAGACUACAGUUACGACAGUGGAAACUAGCUUUUAUUUUGGUUUGUAUAUAGUCCAUACAAUCACUAAAUUCCAAUUACAGAAUCCUUGUUGAGCCUGAGCUAAAAAGAAUAUAGGAUUAUUUCAGAAACAGAUGUGCAAAAAACAGCAGCAAGUAUUCAUAGACUGAUAAAGCCUGAGUAUGGAAAUACAGUGAACUAUGGAACUUCAUGAUACCAACUUUACUUAAAGUCAUUUUUCAGAGUAAACUACAUUCAGAUUAGAUACAGUGCCACGCAUCGGUAACUGCCAAAGAUCACAUGAGCAGGUCAUCCAGAUGGACCGCUGGUUUGUUCCAGAUCACUCUGCUCAUAGCAGUUAAAAUGUCUAUUUCAUGCCUCGCAUUUAUGUCCCCAGCAUGUGAUUCCCAAGUUUUGAGAGAAAAAUGUCAGGUUCAAAUCCUGUAGCGUUAGCUCAAAAAUAACCUGAGAAAUGGGCUUUCCAAACACACACACACACACACACACACAACAACAACUUCUUUCCUUGCCCCUGGAAACACUGUAGAGUUCAAAUCCAUAAUCCACACAAAUCCAAGCACUUUGGUGGCUUGAUCACAUCUGGUUACGUGUGUCCCCUGGGAACAUAUUUAAUUAAUAGCAGAGCUGAUGAAGUGCACAUACUUGGGUGCUGAGUGUUCCAUAAUACAGAUUGGACAGGGAAAUGGAGUGAAAUCCUGUCUCACUCCUUGAACUCCCAUUGACUGGGGUGAGUGCAAAACGAACCAAGGUGACAGACCUGUGAUGGAACAGGAAAACUGUCAUCUAGAAAUAAGAUGAGCUGGGGUCCUUCCAGAGACACCAAGCAAUGGGAAGGCAUGUAUGUGACUGCCCCAAGCAGGUAAUGACCUUCUGGAGAAGACAGAGAUAGAUCUUUGCUGGCUGUGCUUUUCUUAAGCCUGUAAUAUAGACUGAAGCUGUAUACAAACACACACGCUGCAACUAGGACAAAGCAAAAACAGGAAUGACACAAACCACGUUCAUAACUGAAAAAAACUGCAGAAAUCAGUCUAACUAUGGCUACUUCUACCAGCUGAGAGCCCACCCCGUGCAUUACGCUAGUUUUAUUUAUAAUACACCUGAUGAAAGCACCAGCCCCCAUCCCAUCACCUGACACAUGCAAGGCAGGGCUCCAGGAGGAAGCAGGCAAGCCUCUUCCAUUCUUCCGUCAAGUAUUUGAGCCACAACUCAUACACACAGCUUCAAGGCCAGGCUUCUGACUUUAUGUUUCCCUUUGCAACUUCGCAUCAGUUACACUUAGGAAUACCAAUGGAGGAAAGGAGGUCAGUAAGUUAGUUAUAUACAUCUGAGCCAGUGGCACAGAUCUUAGCAGUCACUUAAAAAGAGGUCCCCAAAUCAAAAAAACCAAGAGCAGUAUUUGCCAUCUUGGAUCUCAUGAUUCACUGGUGGGAAUGAAGCCAAACGAGCAAUUCCUUCAUGCACAGCACCUGUAAUGAACAUCUAGAUCCAAUGCAGACCAAUCCGAACAUACCUUUACAAAUAUAAUUGCUUUUGUGACCUGUGCACUUUCAGGCAAGUAACUGCAUGGCUUUUCCAGCUUGGAAGGCUCUCGAGAGACUCAUCUGGACCAAUGAUUUAUAUCUCAAGUUCAGAAUUAAAGAACCACUCAAUUCCCUUAUGAUUUAUCCUUUUUUUUUUUUUUCAGCUCUGUUUUGUCCUUCCAGGUUUGCUGAGUAGCUUACAAUGUAGCAUCAUAAACACAUGUCAUUGUCUGAGAAAGAAAACAGACCCUGCUAUUUUGCAGUCUCCAGGAGCAAUAAAAGAGUGAUAAAUGACUUUCAGCAUUGUUCCACUGGCAAGAACAAUAGCAGAUUAACAAGCUCCACUAUAUGGAGCAGAGGUAAUGCAGCUCUGGUGGAAGAGGAUUUCCUUCGAUAACGCUUCCCUCAGCAUGGCUCAUGCCCUGCCCUACUAAGUGGUCACCAGAAAUGCAAAGACAAAUAUAGCAGUUUACUGCCAGAAUCCUCAAUUGCUCUAUUCUCCAGAUCUUUGUAUAUCUCUCUUACCAAUACAUCCUACACACACACACACACCAAAAAAAUAACUAAAAAACAGGUAACUACUAGCUGGUAAGGCACGGCCCCUUCAGUUGACUCCAUUUAAUCACUGAAAUCACAACCUUUGGAUCAUCUGCUGAUGCUGAAACGCAGCAGGACUGUCCUCCAACCGACUACUGCAACAGGACAGCACUGCUGACCUGACAGCCAGCAGCGACUCAGAUCUCUUCAUCUGCCUUCAGCUCCCAGCUGGCACCUUUCAAGGGACAAGCAAGCAGAACAGGCUCUCCCCUUGAUCCAGCCUCCAAAAAUGCAUAAUAGCAAGAGGCACUAUCAGCUUACCUUUCCUAUUCCUAUAGUUGUUGAAAAGCAUUUUCUGUUCUGUUCACAAAAGUGCUUUAAUGAACACACAGAGCUGAUGUCCUGAAUCACAGAGAUGAAACUCUGUACCAUAUCCUAUAAAUACAGUACAACUAUGACACUCACACACUAGAUGUCGUGGCUAGCAGCAGAUUCACCACCUUUGAUGCUGGGCUCCUAUUCCAAAAUCCCUACAAUCUAACAAAGCAAUAGACAGAGGUAAUAAAAGGGGUAUAUUCUUUUUAUGAAUGCUGAACUAAGGUCUAUCUAAGCAUUAUUUAGGUACCUAAAUGUAGCAGCUAGACUAAAAGGAAGUUAAGAAGGCAACAGAAAAGAUGGUAAAUGGAAGUUACAUUUAAAUCACAGCAUAGAUAUGGCCCACAGCAUGCCUUGGGGUCUUUCUCAUAGCUGUGAAAACUGAACACCUGGUCAGAGCAUGCUUUCAUUUUCUUCACAUGGAAACCAGGAAACAUGAAUAGAUGCGUGCAUUUGGAAUCAGCCCAAGACGGAGCUGGGACACAGCUAAGACACCCACCCAUACUCAGCACCUGGAAAAUGAAUUUACGUUCUGCUGUUUAGACAGAGACUGAAAAAACAUCUCGUCUUUCUUGUAAUAUCUAGGUGUGGUAUUUCAAGAGGAAUGUAACUCAUGUUCUCAUGCAAUUAAACAUCUUGUAUAAAGCUAA